AUGGGUCCCCCCAGGAGAAAGGUGCUUGCCACCGCCGAAGAGACCAUGACCCCUCCCGAUGAGCUUCAGGCAGGACAGCAACUCGCACGGGUCAUCAAGGCAACGGGCAACAACAUUUACUCGGUCGAGACGCCCUCGAAGGAAUCGCUGUUGGUCGAAUUGCCUGCCCGGUUCCGGUCAACUAUCUGGAUGAGACGGGGUUCUUAUGUCGUGAUUGACACCAAUGCUCUUGAGGGCCGUGACAACAAGCUCAAUGGAGAGAUUGUGAACAUCGUCAGAGACGAGAAAGCCUGGCGCAAGGCUCCGUACUGGCCAAAGCAAUUUGCCAGGCAAGUACAAUCAGCUCCAGACUCAUCUGACGAAGAAGAGUCCAACAUGGGCAAGAUGCCUUCGUCAGACGAGUCAGAUGCGUGA